AUGGUCGACAAGGGCUCACCCGCAGAUUUAGGCGGACUUCGCACGGGCGACCGUAUUUUCGCCGUGAAUGGACACAGCAUCAUUGGCGAAAGUCACAAAAAAGCGAUACAAUUUUAUGACCAGAUGACCGUGGCACUCGAAGAGCAAUUCCAUCUGAUUUAUGGGUUUUUUUUCACCCAUCUUUUUCGGAACAAGAAUCAUUGA